AUGAAUUAAAAUAUUGUUCAAGGUCCUUGGACAUAAAAUUAAAAUAUGCAAGACAUAUCAUACUAAUGGGUAUAAAAAAUACCUGAUAUCCAAUAUAUAGAAAAAGGUAUUCCAAUAAUGUGUUUUGCUUAAGAUUCAGCUACGAGAAAUUUAGCUAUGGAAUUUAGAUUAAUAAGAAAAAUAACAGAAACAUAAUAUCAUAAUGAAAAAUUAAAAUAAUUUGACUCAAAUUUGAGUAAAAUGAACAGAUAUAAUACAAUAUUACCUUACACCCAUACAGAAGUUAUUUUAAAAUAAGAUCAUGAUGAUAAUGAAGAAUGUUAUAUAAAUGCAUCAUAUAUAAAUUCUAUUUUUGAAAAUGAAGGGGAGAAAAGAUUUAUUGCUACAUAAGGACCUUUACCAAAUACAAUUGCAAAUUUUUGGAAAAUGAUAUAUAUUUUUAAUACUGAAACAAUCGUUAUGUUAUGUAAUUUAAAAGAAAAUCAUAAAGUUUAAUGCGAAUAAUAUUGGCCUAAUUAAGUUGGAUAAACUUGUUAGUAUUAAAAAUUUUAAAUAACAUUAAAUUCAGAGGAUAUUAUUUAUGAAAAGUUACAUAAAAGGCAAUUAUUAAUUUCAAAUAAUUAAUUAGGUGAAUAAAAAGCAGUUACAUAGUAUUAAUUUAUUGAUUGGAAAGAUCACGGAAUUCCUUCUGAAACAGAUUUUAAUAUAAUUAAUUUUAUAGUCCAAUUUAUGAUUGAAGAAUAUGAAAAAAAUAAAAUUAGUGUAAUUCAUUGCAGUGCUGGAGUAGGAAGAACAGGAACAAUUAUUUCUUUAGUAAAUUUAAUGUUAAAUAUUAAAUGCUAUUUACCAUAAAUUUAAGAAACUAUAAAAAAUAAAUAUAAUUUAAAUCAUUGUACUAUAAGUGUUUUUGGAAUUGUAAGAAGAUUAAGAGAAUAAAGAUGGGGAAUGGUCAAUUAACCGGAAUAAUAUGAAUAUAUAUAUAAAUUUAUUAAAAUAUAAAUUGAUAAAAUUUUAAAAGAUUAUAAAUUUGAUAUUGUAUUUGGAUUAUAAAUGAACUAAAGUUUAGAUAUUAUAAAAUAAGAUUUGUGA